GGGAGAAGGGCGCUUCAUUUUGUGAGAUGCCACCCGAUUUCCAAGCCGCUGAGGACCAAUGGCCAAGCCCUGAGUUCAGUGGCAGCAAGAGCAAUCCCUUUCAAACAGCGGCGCUCGCUUGUGCUGAAAGGGCCUACAAUCAUGUUACGGCGUCUGCCUUCAGGAGGGGGGGCAGACGAAGAAGCCAUCUCUUGCCCCGCCUGCGUGCGCCUGGAUGAGUAUCAAGGGCCAAUUCGUCUUGGGCGGCACACAAGUGCUGAGAUAAGAUGUUUGUCCACAAAAACCUCUGCAGAGCGAGAGGUCACCAACGCAGCAGUCUCAAGGUGGCAUGCAGAGAUAACGCGAACUGCUGGGGGAGAUUAUGUCAUCAAGGACACAUCAGCAAACGGGACGAUGGUCAACGGUCAUAAGCUUGUUGGUACACACACUCUCGCUGAAGGAGACGUCAUCAUUCUUGGGAUGCCAACAUACAAAGCUACACCCCACUUGGAGACUAGCACCGAAGUCACCAACCCUUUCCGUUUUGAAUUCUCUGUCGACCAAGGACGUCCUGUUGGACUCUCUGAGGCCCAACCUGCUGCUCCGUUAGUUCCCCCUGGUGUGCCUCAAUUGGACAAACAGAGUCAUGCUGCACAGCCCCCGGGCUGCAGUCUCUUGUCGCCACCAGCGCCCCUUGAGAAACCCUUGGGCGCAAGCCUUCGAUCGGCUGAGGAACGGCUUCCUAGAGUAGACCUAGCCGGAGUUAAUCCAACGCUUGACCGUAUAGACCGUGUACAAAAACCAUCAGAGGACACUGCGCAGUUGCAGGACGGGGAUGCAAGUAGACCGGAUUCAACAGCCAACUUAGUCAAGCCACGUCACCCUGCUGACCGCAAUACCGGUGGAGAGUCCCGCAGAGGCAGGAGGCUGGUGAGGAUCCACGGAGACCGGCAGGGCAAUGGAAACGAGUUCGUUGACUUGUCUGACCUCCCAGAAGUGGAGCUGCCUGAUGCUGGUAGAGGGGCAGGCGGGGCACGCAGGCAAAGAUUAGAAGAUCAGACUGAAGCCGCCAGGACAGGAGACGGUAUUGGGCAUGCGCUUAACACAGAACAGGCAGGGCAAGAUAGGGAGAGUGGACGUCAACAAGCAGACACUGCGGAAGGGCUUGGCCGGGUUGACGAGGGGCGAGAGCGCGUGCGGCAGCGGCUGAUGGAGGUGGUGCGGGCGAAAGCUCGCGCAGACGAGCGGCAGAGCCCCCUCAAGAGGCGCAGCCCGGACUCCCCGUCUACGGGCGUAUCACGGAUGGCAAAGCUUUUGAAACCAGGGACAGCCUCCCGGACUGCCGCGCCGGGCACGCCACUCAGCUUAGCGGACGACUGCCCACUUUUGGAGGUGCCGGAAGUAGGGGACGGGAGGGGGGGCGCUGUGCGGACCCGUGGCCUGGGGCCCCAAUCCGCAGGCAGUGCUCCUAACCCGGGGCAGAGCUUGGUGAUUGAGGUCCCUGCGAGUAUGGAUCCCCCAGCGAACCAGGAUGCGGAUGUGCCUGAUGGUCUGAUUGUGGAUCCUCCGGGAGAGGCGUCCGCGCCGAGCGUGCCUGUGGAACCACCGCAAGCCCCUCCCACUGCCACGGAAGACUCAGCCAAGCAGAGCGCGGAGGCGGAGGUGCUGGAGAUGCUGGGCGAGGAGAUGCAGUGCGUCAUCUGCCAGAGCUUCCUGUGCGCGGCGCACGCGCUGCCGUGCUCGCACACCUUCUGCGGGGACUGCCUCGUCCAGUGGCUCAGCAAGAAGCCGCACUGCCCCACGUGCCGCCAGCCGACCGGGGGGGCCAACCCGACGCCGAUUCAUAACAUUGACAGCAUGAUCGAACGGGCCGCCAGUAGGUGCAUGUCUGCCGAGGAGAAGGCCGAGUUUGACCGGCGGAAAGGCGUGUUCAAGACGAGCAAGAAGCUGAAGCCCGCCCCCGCCACUGCCGCUCCCGCACGGGCCCGGGCAGCCCGAACGACCCCGGGACACCUGCUGCACGUCUUCCGAAGCGGUACCCUCCAGGCCGUGUCUGCACGUCUUGAGGAGGCCAUGAGCGGGAUGUCGGACGGAAGAGCGAGGGACCUGAUGCGCAAUCGGCCCCGCCUGGUGACGGAGACUGCUCGCCGCGGUCCUCCUGCGUCUGGCCCAGCGGCACCCCCCAAUCAGCCUCCGGGCGCUCCGGGCGCCCCGGCCACAACGCGCGGCACCUUCGGGCGGCCGUAUAUCAUCGACAUCCCCACGACGGCCACCACCGUCUGUGCCGUCUGCAACCAGGCCAUAGGAAUUGGCCGCUUCCGCCUCACUGAUGCGUAUGGGGACAGUGGUCAGACAUACCACCUGGGCUGCCUCAGCGCCCGCGGCAUGAUCCAGCCGUAUCAGAUUGCGGGCAUGGAGGACCUGCCCCCCGCGGCCCAGGCACGGGCGCGGACGAUCGUAAGAGAGCCCGGAGGCGUCUUUAUCCGAUCACCGAGGUCAGACGAUCAGGCGCCGCAAGAGGUCGGAGAACCAGGCCCCGCAUUUCCAGGGGUUCCCCGUCGCCUGUAGCUAAUGUUCCAAGUAUCAAAAUGUACAUAUCUGGGACUCGACUCGCAACAAGAGUACAGGAAAGAGAAUAUCCGAGUGGACAUGUUCUCACGAAGAACGUGAUGAGCACUGUUCUAGAGCAGAGCGCCAAGGUGGCAUCGAAUGGCAGAUUCUUACUGAUGGAGUAUUGAGUGAAGCCUUCGGCUGCACUCGCAAAAUCGCAACAGAUUUGACUCUUGGUGUUGUGUCAACUUUGCGAGUAUGAUGUUUAAAC